GAGUUCUUUCUUCUUCCUUUAACCUAGCAGCCGCCACUAGUAUUCAAUAACGCCGUACGCGCCACUGUAAUCCAAGCACGCUCCGCCUCUGGUUCGCAUUGUGAUUAUUUUAGUUCUUCUUCACCAUCGUUCUAUUUCCCCUGAUUUGGCUCUCUUCAUACCCUAAGUUUUACAGCAACAAUGGGCAAGCCUAAUACAAGAUCAGUUUCAUCGGAAUCUAAGUCCGAUCUCAAGAUGGAAAAGAAGGAACGAUUUUAUGCCAAUGUGAAGUCUACUGUUGCUUCCUUGACUGCCCAAAAGUUUGCUAAGAAGUCUAUUGCUAAGAAGAAGAGCAAACAACAAAGGCGGCAGGAAAAAAAAUUGAAAGCAUAUAGCCUCUCUUCCCUCUUAGAAACCCUUCCGGAGUUGAAGGAACAGUUGAAGGCACCACCGAAACCACUAGAGGCUAACUUCAAGCUUAACUGUAAAAAUAGACAGAAAUUAGUAUUGGAGGAAGGAAAAAAUUUGUCUGAGAUUAUUAAGAAUCAUUCUUUCCAAACGAAUCCUUUGGCUGCCAUUCAUCAACACUUAAGGAACCAACAACCAGUACCGGUAGUAGAGGAACAACAACCCAAGAAAAAUGCGAAUGUAAAUGGGUCGAGAAGGAGGAAGAUGAAGAAAGCUCGGGAUGGAGUGCAGUCUAUGGAUAUAUAAUACCUCUUGUAUGGAUGUGUAAUGGUGUCUUUUUCUUGAGAUCUUUAUAGUAUUGUACUACUGAGAAGCAUUACAGUACUUCAUUUGUGAAUGAAGACAUUUUAAGUUUUUUAAGCAGAA